CAACGCGAUUUCCUUCGUUCCAGGCCCCAUGUUUCUUCCCGUUUCCCUGCAACGAUGAUUCUGCGAUUAGAGGUAGGUCUACAAUUCUAAAGAAGGAAACACAUCUAUUCUAAUCUUUCUUUCGAAGAACUGAUUUUAGCGCAAAUUUUAGUAAAGACGGAAGGAGAAAACGAUGAAGAAGAUAAAGAAAAACUGUAAGCAUGUUACUUCAGUCGGUUGACACCAAUUUGAGCGCUUAAUAUGGAACCGCGGAAUUAGAUGCCCUACCCAUCGACCUCCCAUCAGUUUAUAAAGGGGGUGUUGCAAGAGGAAGUAUUGGUAACCAAAAAAAAUUAAAGAUUAAUGGCGACUGCUGCUAAGAGGUUGAAAGGAAAAGUAGCCAUAAUUACUGGUGGUGUUGGUGGCAUCGGAUCUAGGAUCGCACACCUAUUCUCUCAACAUGGUGCCAAAGUCCUAAUAGCCGACAUCCAAGAUGAUCAAACCCAAUCUAUCUGCAAAGAUUUGGGUCCUGGCAACGCUUCCUUUGUUCACUGUGAUGUCACAAGCGAACCCGAUGUCCAAAACGCAGUGAACAAAGCAGUCUCUACCCAUGGAAGGCUUGACAUAAUGAUCAACAACGCAGGCAUCAUGGGAGCCAACGUAUCCCACAUUCUUGACAGCGACAUAACCGAUUUCAUCAACGUCUUUCGUGUUAAUGUCACCGGUGCGUUUCUGGGAACGAAACACGCCGCUCGUGUGAUGAAACCCGUGCGAAAGGGGAGCAUAAUAAACAUGGCUAGUACCUCUGGUGUUGUUGCCGGGUCAACUCCACAUGCUUAUACGUGCUCAAAGCACGCCAUCGUUGGCCUGACUAAGAACACGGCCAUCGACUUGGGGCGGUUUGGUAUCCGAGUGAACUGUGUUUCCCCUUAUGCAGUUCCUACACGGAUGGCAAGGGCCUUUCUGGGUUUGGCAGAGGAUGACAAAUUUGAUGUGCAUUCAAACCUUAAAGAUGUUGAUUUGAUGGCAGAGGAUGUUGCAGAGGCUGUUCUUUAUCUCGCAAGUGAUGAGUCCAAGUAUGUUAAUGGCCACAAUCUUGUUGUGGAUGGUGGCUUCACCAUUUCUAAUUUAGCUUUAAAUCUUUACGACCAAAAUAAACUGUAAUACAUAUGUAUUCAGAGAGCGUUUAGUAUUAUUUUGUGUGUUCAAUGUAUAAUUACAUGUAUGUUUUAAGGCAAUGAAGUAAAGGGAAAAUUUGCGGUGUCUAUUCUUUAGCAAA